GGGCACACUUUGUUUUUCUUUCACAUGGAACUCAUCAGUGGACAUUCCCAAGUUGAGCCUUCGGAACUCCAGUCAGCACUGCAGUAUACAUCUUUCUUCUGUUACAAAGGAUUUCGUUCAUUUGACGAUGGAAACCGUCUUUCUACGAGUCAAUGCUAAGCUUGUGUGGAUAUAGACAGCAAUGAUAAUCGAGCACUGAUUUACUCCCUGCAACUUCGGAUCUUUGAACGAGCCAACCAGUCGGAUGGUUCAUAUCCGACUGCUAAUUGUUAUCCUGUCUACCAUUGCCGUUUCAGGGACGGAGUUCAGAGCAGUACGCCGGAUUGACCGGCAUUCGAAGCUGCAUACUCUCCGAAUAGACACAGUGAUUGGGACGAUUAAUGGGCUUGUUAACUUUUGGCACACCAUUGGCGUGGUCUGAGACAAAAAAGCAUGCUGCCUACAUCCAAACAGAGGGGAUUAAGCAAUUUAUUUACUUAUAUGAAACCCUCAAUUCGACAAUGAAGCACACACUCAAAUGGGGUGACGAGAUUGAAUACACUUUGCUGCGUUUGGACCCAGUCUCUGGAAAGGUGCAUCUAUUUUUGGGAGCUUCCGAGCUACUGAAGCAGUUACCAACUGAAGGCUCUUCCGGGGACCAAUUCAUCUGGCAACCGGAAUACGCAGAGUACAUGGUGGAGGGCCUCCCGGGCAUACCGUUUGGUCGGUUGUUGUAUGCGUUUAGCACGGUGGAACCCAAUAUGCGCAAAAGGCGCCAAGAACUGCUGAACAGUCUACCAGAGCAUUGUUUCUCUCUCACUCUUACCAUGUUUCCCCGUUUGGGGUGCCCAGACUUCUCCUAUCCUUCAGUCCAACCCACGCCUGUUGACGGAUCCUCAAGAAGUCUUUUCUUUCCUGAUGGCGCUAUCACUCAAGGUCACCCGCGCUUUAUGACACUCACGCGUAAUAUUCGAGAACGUCGGGGCUCCAAGGUGGCCAUCAACGUACCAAUUUUUCGUGAUGUGAACACUCCGGAUCCAUUUGUAGAGGACUUCUCAGCUCUUUUACACUCAUCGGAUAACGAAGGAGCCCGAGCUGCCCUGCCUGAUCACGUGUAUUUGGACGCCAUGGGAUUCGGAAUGGGCUGUUCCUGCCUUCAAAUGACGUUUCAGGCUUGUUGCAUCGACGAGGCUCGCAUCUUGUAUGAUCAGCUCGCCACGAUUUGUCCAAUCCUGAUGGCACUCAGUGCUGCCUCACCAGCUAUUCGCGGAUAUCUUUUAGAUACAGACUGCCGCUGGGGUAUAAUUUCCGCCUCUGUUGAUGAUCGCACCGAAGAGGAAAGAGGAUUAAAGCCUUUGUCUUCUGAUCGUUUUGUCAUCCCGAAGUCACGUUAUGACUCCAUCUCGUCUUAUCUUUCUCCCAUGGGUGCUUCUUACAAUGAUAUUCACCUCGUUUACGACCAAGAACAUUAUCACACGCUUAUUAAUUCCGGUGUUGAUGAGCUUUUGGCGAAGCAUGUGGCCCAUCUCUUCACCCGUGAUCCUAUUUCUGUGUUCUCCGAGAGACUCAAGGUUCCGGAAAACGAAGAAUUUGUUGAUCACUUUGAGAACAUCCAGUCAACUAACUGGCAGUCCAUGCGCUUCAAACCUCCUCCAUUGAAUUCUCACAUUGGUUGGCGUGUGGAGUUCAGGCCGGUAGAGCUACAGUUGACGGAUUUUGAAAACGCCGCCUUUGUCACCUUCAUCCUGCUACUUUCAAGAACCAUACUGAGGUUGAAAUUGAAUCUGUUAGUUCCAAUUUCCAAGGUGGACGAGAAUAUGAAAACCGCGAUAAAGCGCAACGCUGUUCGCGAAGGAUUGUUCUAUUUCAGACAUGGAAAUUUACUAACAACGGAUGGUAGUCCCAUUGAACUGGCGAUGGCAUGCUCCGGGUUUCAGCGUCAGGGCUCAUAUGCCGUCAGCUCGAAUGAAUCCAACUCUGCAGAUCCUGUGGACCCUUCUCACGCUCCAGGUUAUUGCGAAGUUUCGGAAACCCAUGGACCUCAUACGGCGACAUCUGUGGAGCCGGACAACACAUUUACCCUCAUGUCUAUCGAUGAGAUCAUGAAUGGGAGUGAUUCUUUCCCCGGCCUUAUCCCUCUCAUUCGACACUAUGUUCAAGUGAUCGGCGGCGAUCCUGUUGUGGUUUGCCUUGUACAUCGCUACCUGGAUUUCCUGCAACAACGUGCUUCCGGUGCUCUCAUGACCACCGCCACAUGGAUGCGCAGCCGCAUUCGUGCCCAUCCUGAUUAUCACUUUGAUUCGUACGUAUCAGAAAGCAUUUGUUCGGAUCUGAUGAGGGAAUGCUAUGCAAUCACGUGUGGGGAGUUACGACCUCCGGAAUUGUUGCCUCCUGUCUACGAAGAGCCCUUGAGCGAGUCUGAUAAUCCCUGUCGCCUCGCCUCCAGUUGUCGAGGCUACUGUUUUGCUGAUACUAGUCCUUCCCGGUCAGCAGACACUCCGCCCACCGGUGUAGUUCAACGGCCCGGAAGUCACAGUUGUUUCUAGUCGCUGAUGUGUUUUCUCAGUGACUACAUCUGAUGACUCUCUCGUUUCCUCUUGUCCGUUUCACAUGCCUGGGUGGAUACCAGAUUGCGAUUUUUACCUCCUGUGAUCCAACCAUUUUGUGUCCGUCCAUCAUUUUGUACAUCGGCACUCUCACCAUUCUCCGUGAUUGCAUCAGAUAUGCGCUUUUUGGAAGUUUCAUGAUCAUGCCUGUAUAUAGGCAUGCGUCGCGCUGUAGAGCAUAAACUUUAUUUAUUUAUUCGUUUGCUUAAUUUAUUUUUUGUCAUUCUGCGACCACACAAUUUGCUUGCUGCUUUCUGCGAUUUUUGAUGACUGAUACCAGCAGCAUCUUGCUGUCAUAUUUAUGUUUACCUGCACGCUGUGAAUGCUACAAGCAUGUUUGUACUGUUUUCUCUAUCUCUUUGCAUUUUCUGCCUCUACUGCUUUCUUUUCCAUUCCACCAAUCACACAUUCGUUGCGUUUGCCCUGUUUCUUACCGUUAUGUAUCGCUUCGCGUGCCCCCAACCAUUCUUUUGUAAUCUGCGCAUCUUUUGAUUGGAUUAAAGUGGCACUAAUGUUUACUUAG